GAGCGGGAUGAGCGGGAUCUCAGAGCCGCACUCAUCUCUGCUGAUAGGAGACUCCCUUUCUGUCUCUGUGGAGGUGUGGUAGUGGUCUGGGACCGGGUUCAGGACCGGGGUCAGGACCAGGACCGGGUUCAGUAGUCUGGGACCGGGUCAGUGGUCUGGGACCGGGGUCAGUGGUCUGGGACCGGGUUCAGGACCGGGUUCAGGACCGGGGUCAGGAUGGAGAUGAAGGACUUCUGUCUGCGCGCCGACGUUCACUUCCACAGCCCACAGAGGCUCCAGGACUCCUCCCCCUCUCCCUCCUCUUCCUCCCCCCCUGAUGAAGCUCAGUCCUCCCCCCUGAGUCCGUCCUUCCCCCUGGACCCCUCGUCCUCCCUCAGCCCCCCCCACUCCUCCUUCUUCCUCCUCCCCAGCCCCGCUGGCUGCUCCCCCUCCUCUUCCUCCACCUCCUCCUCUUCCUCCUACAGCCUCCCGGGGGGUCCCGGGUCCGACUCCCCGCCCGGGGGCGGCUCCAGCACCGGGGGCAGCUCCAGCAGGGGCAGCGUCGGGGGCAGCGCCGCCAUGUCCGACACCGAGUCCUUCUCAGCAAAGGUGGACUCCAUCCUCCGGGGCGACUACCGGACCCCCAUGGGCCCCGUGGGGCCCAAGCGUCUGUGUCUGGUGUGUGGAGACUUCGCCUCCGGCUACCACUACGGCGUGGCGUCCUGCGAGGCCUGCAAGGCCUUUUUCAAGAGAACCAUCCAAGGCAACAUCGAGUACAGCUGCCCGGUGAUGAACGACUGUGAGAUCACCAAGCGGAGGAGGAAGGCCUGCCAGGCCUGCCGCUUCCACAAGUGUCUGCAGGCCGGCAUGAUGAGAGAAGGGGUGCGUCUGGACCGGGUCCGAGGCGGCCGCCAGAAGUACAAGAGGCGAGUGGAGACGAGCGCCGGCCCGUACGGCCGGCCGCCCUGCAGCCACCCGGCCGCCAGCCGUAACCGGCUGAUCUCCCACCUGCUGCUGACGGAGCCGGCCCCGCUCUCCGCCCACCAGGACGAGUCCUGCAGCGACGGCAGCGACGGCAGCCUGAGGUUACUGCUGACGCUCUGUGAGCUGCUGAACCGGGAGCUGCUGCUGCUGAUCGGCUGGACCAAGCAGAUCCCAGGGUUCUGCAGCCUCUCCUUGGUGGACCAGAUGUCGCUGCUGCAGAGCGGCUGGAUGGAGGCGCUGCUGGUGGGCGUGGCCUGGCGCUCCCAGGGCGCGGCGGCGGCGACGGAGCUGGUGUUCGCCGGGAACCUGCGUCUGGGCGAGGCGCAGUGCCGCGCCGCCGGCCUGGCCGACCUGUACGAGGCGCUGCGGCACCUGAUCCUCCGGUACCAGGCCAUGAGGCUCAGCCCCGAGGAGGCGGCGGCGCUCAAGGCCAUGGCCAUCGCCAACUCCGACGCCGACCCGGUGGACUGCCCCGACUCGGUGCAGCGGUUCCAGGACGGGCUCCACGAGGCUCUGCAGGAGUACGAGUCUCCGCGGCGGGAGCAGCACCGCGCCGGCCGGCUGCUCAUGAGCCUGCCGCUGCUGCGGCAGACGGCCGGCCGCGCCUGCACGGCGCUGCUGCGGCUGCACCGCCAGCGCCGCGUCCCGCUGCACAAGCUGCUGCUGGAGAUGCUGGACGCCAAGGCCUGAGCACUUCCUGUUCCUGUCGGCCGCCUGGGCACUUCCUGUUCCUGUCGGCCGCCUGGGCAUUUCCUGUUCCUGUUUGCCGCCUGGGCACUUCUUGCCGGCCGCCUGGGCACUUCCUGCCGGCCGCCUGGGCACUUCCUGUUCCUGUCGGCCGCCUGGGCACUUCCUGUUCCUGUCGGCCGCCUGGGCACUUCCUGUUCCUGUCGGCCGCCUGGGCACUUCCUGUACCUGCCGGCCGCCUGGGCACUUCCUGUUCCUGCCGGCCGCCUGGGCACUUCCUGUCGGCCGCCUGGGCACUUCCUGUUCCUGCCGGCCGCCUGGGCACUUCCUGUCGGCCGCCUGGGCACUUCCUGUUCCUGCCGGCCGCCGCACGGCCGUGAACUCUCCCUCAGGGACCGCUGAGCAUGCUGGACAUGAACAUGAGACGGCUAGCUCCGCCUCCAUUUGUGGGCGGAGCUAGACCCCCAAACUCGGUUAAAACGUAACUAACGUUUAGUCGCAGCUCUUCAUCAUCAUCUUCUUCAUCAUCAUCGUCAGCCUUUUAGUGAAAGUUUUGCUCUAUUUUUCUAACGUAACGUUGUUGAACUUCCGUGUAACUGGAGCCGGUUGCCACGACAACGCCGGGCCUCUGCCGGGUAGAAGACGUCGCCGCUGACGACAGACUAUAAUAAUGAAGAUCAUUAUUAUAAUAUAUAAUAAUAUAUGUAUAUAAAAGCAAAUAAAUGCUGUUGGAAUAAAAACUGUGGUUAAAAAAAAAGCUU